UCGUUCAACGCCGUCGUCAACUACACCAACCGCAGCGGCAACGCGCCCCUCCCCCUCACCCAACUGCUGACCGCGUACUCGUUGGCCACUUCCGGCGCUCUCGUCACCGCUCUCUCGCUCAACCACUUGGCGAAGAAGGCGCCGCCGCUCGUCGGCCGCUUCGUCCCAUUCCUCGCCGUGGCGGCGGCCAAUUGCGUCAACAUUCCGCUCAUGAGGAGCACAGAGCUGAAGGACGGUCUCGUGGUUUGCGACGAGAACGGCGUGGAAAUCGGCAAAUCCAGGAUCGCGGCCAAACUCGCCAUCGCCCAAGUGGUCGUCUCGCGCAUCGCGAUGGCCGCGCCCGGAAUGACUCUUCCGCCCAUUUUGAUGAACUCGUUGGAGAAGCGCGGCGUUCUUCGGCGCAUGCCGUGGAUCGCGGCGCCGCUCCAGGUCGGCCUCUGCGGCCUUUUCCUGACGUUCACGACGCCCAUGUGUUGCGCGCUGUUCCCGCAGACGGCGAGUGUCGCCCUCUCGCGCCUCGAGCCCGAACUGCAGACCAACACAGCUUUGCACGCGUUUUACAAUAAAGGACUUUAGAUUUUA